AUGGGGUCGUUGUUCAAGGAUGCGUCGGCGGCGUCGGGGGAGAGCAGCUCGAGGGUGGUGCUGGCGGUGAACGGCGUGCGGCACGUGGCCGCCGGCGUCCACCCAUCCAUGACGCUGCUCGAGUUCCUCCGCACCAAGACGCCCGUCAGGGGACCCAAGCUCGGCUGCGGCGAAGGUGGAUGCGGCGCAUGCGUGGUCCUGAUCUCGAAGUACGACCCGGACACCGACGAGGUGACCGAGUUCUCGGCGAGCUCCUGCCUGACGCUCGUCGGCAGCCUGAACCACUGCUCGGUGACCACCAGCGAGGGCAUAGGCAACACCCGCGAUGGCUACCACCCGGUGCAGCAGCGCCUCGCCGGCUUCCACGCCUCCCAGUGCGGCUUCUGCACCCCCGGCAUGUGCAUGUCCAUCUUCUCCGCGCUCGUCAAGGCCGACAAGCCUGGCGCCACCAGCGAUGCAGCCCCGGCGCCGACUGGAUUUUCCAAGCUCACCUGCUCCGAGGCCGAGCACGCUGUCUCCGGCAACCUCUGCCGCUGCACCGGCUACCGACCCAUAGUUGACACCUGCAAGAGCUUCGCCGCCGACGUCGACCUCGAGGACCUCGGCCUCAACUCCUUCUGGAAGAAAGGCGCCGACCGCGCCGACGUCGACAAGCUGCCGACAUACUCCGCCGGUGCCGUUUGCACAUUCCCCGAGUUCCUCAAGGCCGAGAUCAAGUCGUCCCUAGAGCACCAAACGAACCGUGUUCCGGCGGUGAUUGCCAGCGACGAUGGCUGGUACCAUCCCAAGAGUAUCCAGGAGCUCCACAGCCUCUUCGACGCCAACUGGUUCGAUGAAACUUCAGUCAAGAUCGUGGCGUCCAACACCGGCGCAGGAGUGUACAAGGAGCACGACCUCUACGAGAAGUACAUCGACAUCAAAGGGAUCCCAGAGCUCUCGGUCAUCGACAGGAGCAACAAGGGGGUGGAGAUCGGUGCCGCCGUUUCCAUCGCCAAAGCCAUCGAGGUCUUCUCUGACGGCACUCCGGUGUUCAAAAAGAUCGCCGGUCACCUCAGCAAGGUGGCCUCGCCGUUCGUCCGGAACACGGCAACCAUCGGCGGCAACCUGAUCAUGGCGCAGAGGCUGUGGUUCGCGUCGGAUGUCGCCACCGUUCUCCUCGCCGCCGGUACGACAGUCACCAUCCAGACGGCCUCCAAAAUGCUCUGCCUGACGCUGGAGGAGUUCCUGGAGAAGCCUCCCUGCGAUGCCAAGACCAUACUACUCAGCAUAUUUGUCCCAGACUGGGAUUCAGACAGUGUCAUCUUCGAGACCUCCCGAGCAGCUCCGAGACCGUUCGGCAAUGCUGUCUCCUAUGUCAAUUCUGCAUUCAUGGCAAGGACUUCAGGUGAUGCAGCGUCUUGUGACCUCAUCGAGGAAAUUUGCCUCGCAUUUGGCGCUUUUGGCGUCGAUCACGCGAUCCGGGCUCGGAAGGUUGAGGAUUUCUUGAAGGGGAAAUCAGUGAGUGCGCCUGUUAUACUUGAAGCAGUUCAGUUGCUCAAAGAUGUUAUCACACCGUCAGAAGACACCACACACCCUGAGUACAGAGUCAGCUUGGCUGUCAGUUUCUUGUUCAGUUUCCUUUCUUCACUAGGCAAGGACCUGGUUGAACCGACAAAGGAUAUUAUCCCGAAUGGUUCAGGUGUUAAUGGGAUCAUGAAUGGUAGCGCCGAGUCCUUGACCGAAAAGCAUGCUGAGGUUGCAAGCGAUGACUUGCCGAUUCGCUCUAGGCAAGAACUUGUUUUCACUGACGAAUACAAACCUGUCGGCAAACCAAUCACGAAAGCUGGGGCAGAGCUACAGGCUUCGGGUGAGGCUGUGUAUGUUGAUGACAUCCCUGCUCCCAAGGAUUGCCUCUAUGGAGCAUUUAUCUACAGCACACACCCUCAUGCUCAUAUAAAGGGUGUCGACUUCAAAUCAUCUUUGGCUGCACAAAAGGUCAUCACGGUUAUCUCCGCAAAGGAUAUUCCUGCCGGUGGAAAGAAUGUUGGAUCCAGAUUCCCGAUGACCGGAGAAGAAGCGCUUUUCAGUGAUCCGGUUUCUGAAUUUGCUGGUCAAAAUAUUGGCGUUGUGAUUGCUGAAACACAGAAGUACGCCUAUAUGGCGGCGAAGCAAGCCGUGAUAGAGUACAGCACCGAGAAUCUUGAGCCGCCAAUUCUGACAAUAGAGGAUGCCAUCCAACAUAGCAGCUACUUUCAUCUUCCCCCUUUCUGGGCUCCUCAGCCAGUUGGAGACUUAGACAAAGGCAUGUCUGAAGCUGAUCACAAGAUCUUGACAGGAGAGGUGAAACUCGAGUCCCAGUACUACUUCUAUUUGGAGACGCAGACCGCCUUGGCCAUCCCGGACGAAGAUAACUGUAUCACCGUCUACGCCUCGACGCAGAUACCCGAAGUCACUCAGAAUGUCGUCGCGGACCUCCUCGGCCUUCCGUACCACAAUGUUCGUGUCAUCACGAGACGAGUUGGCGGCGGCUUCGGUGGGAAGGGAUUGAAGGGAUGCCAUGUGGCAUGUGCGUGUGCACUUGCAGCCUACAAGCUGCGGCGCCCUGUCCGGAUGUAUCUUGACCGCAAGACAGACAUGAUAAUGGCCGGAGGGCGGCACCCCAUGAAGGUGAAGUACAACGUCGGGUUCAAGUCGGACGGCACGCUGACAGCCCUGCACAUGGACCUCGGGAUCAAUGCCGGGAUAUCACCAGAUGUCAGCCCGCUGCUACCGGCGGCCAUCGUCGGCGCCCUCAAGAAGUACAACUGGGGCGCUCUGGCCUUCGACGUCAAGGUGUGCAAGACGAACGUGUCGUCCAAGUCGUCGGUGCGGGCGCCCGGCGACGUGCAGGGCUCCUUCAUCGCGGAGGCCAUCAUCGAGCACGUCGCGUCCACGCUCGCCGCCGACACCAACGCCGUCCGGAGGAAGAACCUUCACGGCAUCGAGAGCCUCACGACGUUCUACGGUGAUGCCGCGGGGGAUGCCGCCACGUACAGCCUCGUUGACAUGUUCGACAGGCUUGCCGCGUCGCCGGAGUACCGGAGCAGAGCGGCGGCGGUGGAGCGGUUCAACGGUAGCAGCAGGUGGAAGAAGCGCGGGAUCUCGUGCGUGCCGAUCACGUACGAGGUGAGUCUCCGCCCGGCGCCCGGGAAGGUGUCGAUCCUGAACGACGGGUCCAUCGUCGUCGAGGUCGGCGGCGUGGAGAUCGGGCAGGGGCUGUACACCAAGGUGAAGCAGAUGGCCGCGUUCGGGCUGGCGGAGCUGGUCCCCGAUGCCGACGGGCUCCUAGACAAGGUGCGCGUGAUCCAGGCCGACUCGCUGAGCCUGGUCCAGGGCGGCUUCACCGGCGGGAGCACCACCUCCGAGGUCAGCUGCGAGGCGGUCCGGCAGUCGUGCGCCACACUCGUCGAGCGGCUCAAGCCCAUCAAGGAGAGCAUGGAGGAGGGCAAAUCCGGUGCGGCGGCGCCGUGGAGCGCCCUGAUCGCCCAGGCGUCGAUGGCGAGCGUGAACCUGUCGGCGCACGCCUACUGGACGCCCGACCCAGCCUUCCUAAAAUACAUCAACUACGGCGCCGGCGUCAGCGAGGUGGAGAUCGACGUGCUGACGGGAGCGACGACGAUCCUGAGGAGCGACCUGCUGUACGACUGCGGGCAGAGCCUGAACCCAGCGGUGGACCUCGGCCAGGUGGAAGGCUCGUUCGUGCAAGGCGUGGGGUUCUUCACGAACGAGGAGUACGCGACGAACGCGGACGGGCUGGUGAUCAACGACGGCACGUGGACGUACAAGAUCCCGACGGUGGACACCAUCCCGAAGCAGCUCAACGUGGAGCUCAUCAACAGCGCGCGCGACCAGAAGCGAGUGCUCUCCUCCAAGGCCUCCGGUGAGCCGCCGCUGCUGCUGGCGGCGUCGGUGCACUGCGCUAUGCGGGAGGCCAUCCGAGCGGCCAGGACCGAGUUCUCGGCCGAGUCGCCGCUGACGUUCCAGAUGGACGUGCCGGCCACCAUGGCCGACGUCAAGGAGCUCUGCGGCCUCGACGUCGUCGAGAGGCACCUCCAGAGCCUCUCCGCGGCCGCCUCCGCCAAGGCGUGAUGUUGUUUGUC